UAAUACUAAAAAUUACACAUAUAUGCACAGUACCAUUAUGUCUGUUUCAGAAAAUACAUUGUUUUCGAAGAGUGUGACAGUAUUGCUAAAAGAUUAUGAACAAAGAAAAACAGUAUUAAACAUUGCUGUGUCUUUGAGACCAACAUCAUCUGCUAUUCAUCACAAGGAAUUAUAUGUUCAACUGACUGAUUCAACAGAUCUAUUUUUCUUGCAAACACUGACGUUGAGUGAAGACGAUUUCCAAAACUUAAAGAACCAACAGGGACUGCUGGUUGACUUCUCUGCUUUUCCGCAAAAGUUUAUUGACUUAUUGGAACUAUGCAUCACCGAACAAAACAAUACAGUGCCAAGAUUUCUACUCCAUUUUACAACCUCCAGUGCAUCGCAUGGUGUUUUGGAUGUUGUUGAAACUAAUCCAUUUAAACACUUAGUUCACCUGUCAUUGAAGUUUGUUGUUGGAAACAACGAAGAAAUAAAAAAUUACUUGGCUUUAUGUUUAAAAUCCUUGAAAGAAGAGAAGACUGUGUUAGAAAAAAAUUUUUCAAGCAAAGAAAGUGAACUAUCAAACCGAUUAUCUUCCACCAACCAGAUAUUAGCAGAUAGAACAAGGGAGCUUGAUGAGUUAAAGAUUCAGCUGAGAGAUAAACUGGGCGAGACAACAUCUCAAUUGAACGAACAAGUCAGCAGAGAAAAACAAAACCAAGAGAAGUUGCGACAUUCUUAUGAAGAAAGAUUAAAGAAUGAAAGACUCACAUUUGAUGAGAGAUAUAAUAAAACGGUUCGAGAACUUGAAAACAGGUUGAGAGAGUCUCAAACGAAUAACAAGGACUUAACUGAUCAAAAAUACAAAUAUGAAUCACUGAUACGUGAAUUAAAAUCACGUGUUUCAAGUUUGGAAGAGGAAAGACAUGUGACGUCACGCGAUCUUCAAACUUUACGUCGUCAAAAUACAAACCUCGAUUCAGAUCGACACGAGCGUGAUAAAACUUUAAAUCAUCUUCGAACACGUGUUGCUGUGUUAGAACAAGAACUGAAGGAUAAAACACAGGUUAUAAAAAGAACAAAUGAUUUAUUAGAAAGUGCGAAUGAGCAGAAGAGUCGAUUUGAAGUUGAUGUUGAAAAGAAACAGACACAAAUUACCCAGUUGGAAGACACAGUUCGUUCUGUAUCAGCAGAGGUUAUAAAGGGAAAUGAAAUAAUCCAAAAACUACAAACUGAAAUGAAAGCUUUGAAGCCGCGAGUGAAAAUGAUGAACAUCGUGACGACAAAGCAGGAACGAUUAAUCGAAGAAAAGGAUUUGAUAUUAUCACAAAAAGAGAAGGAGCACAGAGAGGAUAAAAAAGUAAUAAACAACUUACAAGACCAGCUUGCAGAGAUGAAGAAAAAGAUGGACGAUACAAAUGAAAAACUCAACGAAAGUCAAGAAACUUUAAAGAAUAACGAAAACGUCAUAAACUGGUUGAAUAAGCAAUUAAAUGAACAAACAAUAAACAAGUUAUCAUCAACACACAACUCGACUUUAUCAACAUCCAAUCAACGCAUCCCAUAUGUUACAAGAACGUCGCCUUCCUCGUUACCCCAGCAGACCAUACCUGGCUAUAAUACAAGAAUGGAAGGUAGCAUACGAACAACCAAUCCAAUAACUGCAAUUCCACCCAGGCUGGCACAGCAAGCUGGAAUUCCGUAUCGUCCGAUUUUGAAGAAACCUCAGUUUGAGCCUGAUAAUAUCAGCCCCAUCGUUUCUCAACUGAGAAAUCCUCUUCGACCGAAGCAGAUGUCCACUCCUGUUAUAAAUGAAGAAUCGGAACCCGUGUUAGAUCCGAAAUACCUCAUGCGGAAGAAACCUGAGACUAAAUCGAAUCCAUCCAACAUAGAUGAAAAUGCGGACCCGAAUUUGCAACAAAACAAUUCGGACAAUAUAAAUCCUCGCGGGGCAAAACCAUUCGUUUUACCAUCUUCUUAUUUUCCAACUCAAAAAGGUAGUACUUGAUUAAAAAAUACACGGUUGUACUAGUGUGUGGCAGUUACACGGUGACAAUUGUCUGUGGCCGUAUCACAGUGGUAAUGAUUACUGACAAGAAAUUACACGGUGGUAAGGUUUGUGACAAUUGCAUGGCUGUAGUAAUGAUUAGUGGCGUUAUUACCCGCCGUGGCAAUUACCCAGCGGUAUUUACAACUAUGAUUAAAAGUUAUACUCCAAGAAACGAUAUUUUUAUCAUGUAUCUUAGAAAAUUAUUUUUUUAACUGCUGAGUGAUUCAGAAUUUAUAAUAAUUAGGACGAGUUAACGGUGGAUUUUUGCUCAAGAAUGAUAUGGAUCAGAUGACUUUGGAAUCUGACUGUUCGUUCCAAUUGAAAUCAAUUCAACUUUUCUUUCAGACAAGAACGGAAACAAAUUAAGACAACAGAAGAAUAAUUAGUCAAUAAUAAUUAGCCAUUUCCUGUUCACAUCUUUGAGUGUAAUUUCAUAACAAUUGUAUAUAAUGUAUUGUGUACAAAAAAAUAUAUUUCCUACGAAAUAUGUUUUUUUCAUUAAAGGGGCUACGAAACGGCAGUUGGAUAUAUUUUACAGACCGUAGCUUAUUUUACCGCCAAAAAGAAUAAUAAUGAAAAAGGUUUCUUUUUCACAAAAUAAAAAGAAAAAAAGUAGCAAAUUCAUCAUAACAAAAUAUUCACCAUAACAAAAUAUUCACAAAAGAGGUUGUCUAGACAUCUAUAUGGUUCUAAAAGUGUGUAUAAUUUCUUGCAUCUUGACGUCUUGAGUGGUCCGUUUAUUACACGCCAUUCUUCAGAAUAUCUAUCAUUGAUCGAUUUUAUAGAUUUUGCUCCGCUAGCGUCAUAGAAAUCAAUUAAAUUGUUUACAUGGAUCUAGAUUUAAAUUUUUUGAAUAUACAUUUUUGUUAUCUACAAAAAUGUCCGAAACUUGUGUUCUAUUUUUUUGGUGGCGUAGUAUUUCCCAAUCAGCAUUAUCAAACAAUCCUUUGCCAUAUCUUUUCUUCUAAGACUAGUAUUCUCCUAUAAAAACAUUUUACGUCCUUCCCAGGGCUCUUUAUCUUAAGUCUUUGUCUUAAUUUAUAUCGUCUUUGUUUCGCCGUAC